AUGGUACGAGAUCAACAAAAAAUUAACUUAAAUCCUUCUCUGGAGUCAUAUAAACCAUCUCCGGGUUACUUAUUGGGAAUUAGGCUUUUUGAAGCUUUAUCCAGUCUAGCAAUCGUAAUUACACUUGCUAUUACCACAGCUUAUCAUAAGAUACUAUUUGAUUAUGGAAUUAAUUACGAUUCAUCUAGAUUCAGACAAGGUUCUUUAAGGGCAACAAAUGGUACCGACGUUGAAUUAAACGUGCAGGAUGGCGCUGCGGAUUAUGAUAAUUAUGAUGGGGUCAUGCCAUGGUUAAUUUUUGGAUUGGUACUUUCAGUGAUAGGUUUUGUAAUUUCUACAGGCUUUAUGUUUGACCGUGGGCUUAAACUCGCAUUAGUACAAGCAUUGACUUCAAUUAUUUUAUGUGCGGGUUUUGUGGUUUACAUUGUAAUUGGAGCUUUAAACACUCCAUAUUGGAUAGACUACAAGAAAGCUUGUUUUACCAUGCCCUCUCAUAAAACAUUCAGGAUCAAGCGUGUCCUUGGAAAGAAACAAAAACAGAAUCGUCCUAUUCCUCAAUGGAUCCGUCUUCGUACUGGAAAUACGAUUAG